AUGGAGGCCAACAGCACGCUGGUGGAGUGCAAGCGCGGGGAGGCGGGCGCUGUUGUCUUCCGUUUUCUUAUCCUCGACGCCCCGUCGCCCAGCAGCGUUCCCACGUACGUGAGGUUGCUGCAGCGGCACCACGUGAGGCACAUUGUGCGGGCCUGUGGCCCGACUUACAACGCGGAGGUUUUUGAAAAACACGGCAUGGAGGUGUACGGCUGGAACUUCGACGACGGCGCCCCGCCACCGCAGGCCGUCAUCGACAACUGGCUGGACCUGCUCGAGCGGGAGAAGGACAAGUCGCCCCCGGAGACGAUUGCCGUGCACUGCGUGGCUGGGCUCGGCAGGGCGCCCAUAUUGGUGGCACUGGCACUUGUGGAGUACGGUGGAAUGCCGGCGCUCGACGCCGUGGGUUACGUGCGGGCGCAGCGCAAAGGCGCCAUUAAUCAAGUGCAGCUUAACUGGCUGAUGGGGUACAGACCGCGCAAUCAGAGGGGGGACGAGGGGGCGCUGAGCUGCGCGAGAUGCGCGGUGAUUUGA